AUGGCGGACGUUCCGGAGAAUGCUCCUGAACGUAAGAUUUUAUGUAUUUUUCCAUUUUCUCUGCGCGAUCUGAAAAAUUGACCAUUGAGAUUUUUUUUAUCUGACUUAAUUUAUUUUUCUCUAUCUUAACAGACUGCCCAGGAACGGGUAGUGAGCAGGCGGGGAAGGGGACUGCUUGUCAAGGAUGUCCGAACCAGAAUAUUUGUUCCUCCUCCAAACCUUUGGGACCAGAUCCAGGUAAUCUGAUUGCAUUUCGCAGCAACAUAAAACUCAUAUUACAUACUGCUGUAAUGAAAAUUUCCUUCUUUCCCAUUUCAAGGGGAGAAAUGAAAAACUGAAAAUUGUGUAUUGUCAUUAUUAACAUGAUUACGUGCGUAUGUUGUGUUUCCCACAGAUCGAGGUUGACCUUUACAUUACUUUUCUUAAGCCCAAUGGGACAGAAAAUUUCCCCCGACGGAUCGUCAUGACUUAAUGAAAAAAAUUCUCUUAUUCCUUCAAAACCUCACUGCGAUACCAACAAGAGACGAAAAAUUAAAAUUAUGCACCGUCAUUCCCCGUAGACAAACGUCGUCAUGGGUUGCCUCUGUGUUUCUUUAUGGGAAAGAAUUCCCUGGGUACAUAACGUCGGCCAAACACACAGAGAGCCUCAAUGAAUCUUACUGACCUGACGUACCUCAGAUAAGCCCUUCAUUUUCCAAUUUUCACUCCCCACUAUGUUCAAAGUGAUAUCCUUUGGGUAUCUUUGUAUUUACUAUCAAGGAAUCAAAAUUUUUAUUCUAAUCUAAUGUAACAUUUUGCUAUACGUGUUUUGUAUUGUAAAUUGUAUCCUGUUAGAGAAUGAGCUACUUCUGUGAAGGGGCUUUAAGGAGGAUUUUUCAACAAAGGAUUAUUUUGACAAUCCCUACUUAAAAUUAGGUAGUCCCCUAUCUAGUUGUUGUUGAAGGAGACAGUUCAUAAGCACAUCUUAUUGGAAUGUAUAGGAACCAAAGAGAAUGAUAUAUUUUUAUGAAUGAUAACUUUCCUGAUUCAGGAGGGGGCAAAUUUGAAUUUGCCACAAGAAUACUGCACCUUUUAUAAAUGUUCUUGUCGUGAAAAGCAGUAAUGAUAGACAACUUUUAACAAAUUGCUGUAGGCAUAAAACCUCCUUUUAAUGAUUUUCAAUUCACUAAAUAAAGAAAUUAUAUCCUUGCUUUAGCUGUGGAGGAAGUAAAGGAAAGAAUGACAACUGUCAAGCACAAGAUCUUGGUGCUAUCUGGUAAAGGUGGAGUUGGGAAAAGUACCUUUACAGCCCACCUGGCUCAUGGUCUGGCUGCUGAUGAAAGCAAACAGGUACAAUUCUUUGUAGUAGAGGAAAGAUCAUGGCAGUCAAGUACUGUAAUUAUGACUUAUGAAAGUUGAUUAUAGAAGCACAGUGCCCAAUUUUUCAUUGAGAGUGCUGCAGUGGUAUUUGUUUUGCCACACUAGUUUAAUUUAUGAUUUGAAUCCCAUUCAAGCUUGAAUUUUUUUCAGGUCUUGAUUUGUUUCAGAGAAGUACAAUGAUCUUCUUUCUUGAGUCUUUCAUUUGAAUGCAUAAUUUUCAUAUUUCCCCUAAGGUGAAAUUAAACUGUUUCUCAUGACAAAAACUUUACUUUUACAUAAUUCUACAGGGAGAAAUCCAUAAGAUUUAAAGGGUGGUGGGAAGAAAAAAAACAGCCAUGGAUGUACCACUUCUUCUUAAUGAUGCACUCGAUAGAAAUCUGCAUGGUUUGAAGCUUAUAGAUUUUGAAACAUUUAGAGGAAGUGAUAGAGAAAAUUUGUUCAGGGCAGUGUUCAUUCUCAUCAACAUUCUCUCGUAGAUCAACCCCUUCAGGAUUUUUUUACAGGAAAAACAACACUAAAAACAAAACAACAUCAACAAUGUUUUCUAUGAAUUCAUAUUUUCUAUGAAUUUCAGAUUGCAGUGUUGGAUGUUGAUAUCUGUGGCCCUUCUAUACCCAAAGUGAUGGGUCUUGAGGGUGAACAGGUAAAGAUGAGUUGGUUGUUUUUAUUUUUCAUUUUAUAUUUUAAAUGUAUUUAAACAUAUUUUCAUUGUUUUCCCCAAAAGCACCAACUGGCUUAGCAAGGGGGGGGGGAUUACAAUUCCUCUUGGUGAAGGCUACACACACCUCAGACAUGCUUAACAAUUCUGAGAAAAUAUCUGAUAAACAGAAUGCAUCAUUUAGUUCACCUUAAUCUUCUUCUUUUAAUGCAAUUUGCUUUCUAUUGUAAUAUUAAAGAAAAGACAGUGACAUUACUUUCCAGCUAAUUAACCAAUGUGUUUUGUUCACAGGUUCACCAAAGUGGUUCAGGAUGGUCACCUGUGGUAUGUGGCUUUCAUAGUAGUCUCAUUUUCUUUAUUGAGCUUAAAUAUAUUAAAUUUAUGAUUUGUCUUGUUGAUGUAAUGGAGUGAUCAUUUUUUUUUCUCACAACCCCUUACCCCUUUCAUAGCAGAGAGAAAAGAGAGAGAGUCAAUUAUUUUUCAUAAUAAAAACAUUUUAGCCCUUUUACUUCUAGAGGUGAGAGAUUUGUAACUUCUCUCUACAACAUCAUUAUAUGGUACAUUAUCUAGUAAACAGCUAAUGAGUAUACUCAAGCUGAUCUGGUAGAAUUUUUUACCUUGAUCCAACACAUAAUUCAUGUAACUGAUUUACAAGGAAAUGUGUAUUAGCUAGAGAGGAGAAUUAGCAAUCAGAUCAUGGAAGUUAAGGAGUUAACAGGUUGGUUCUGUUCUAUUCAGUAUGUAGAGGACAAUCUUGGUGUUAUGUCUGUGGGGUUCUUGCUAAGCAGCCCCAGUGAUGCAGUUAUUUGGAGGGGACCCAAGAAAAAUGGUAAGAAUGUGUCCUUUCACAGCAGCCUUUGGGCAAGAAAACAGCCACUCACAAUGUGUUUAUCAAUCCAAUUGCCUGAGUAGACUAAGAAAAUGUUAUAGUUUUGUGAAUCCCUCUUUCCCCAGGCAUCAAGGAAAGGGUAAUGCCUUGAUUUCGGGAAAUUGGGACAUUUCUGGAUUUACAAACAUCCUCUAAUCUGAGGGCAGUAGUUAAGGAAGAAGAAAAAAAAUGACUACCAUCUCUAAUGAAAUGAUUAUCAACUGAGUUGUGUGGAACUAGCUGGGGAAACUUCCAGUCUGUCCCUCCCAUUCAGUCUUCAAAAUAGGUACAUAUCAUCAUUAACCCUUUAAACCCCUAAGAGUGACCAGCAUCUAGUUUCUCCUUACAAUAAUACUGCUGAAUCCUUCAUUUAAGACCAUGAGAAUAAAGGAAAUGAUCACCAAAUAAAGAGGCUCUUGAUUGUUAAACAAAUUCUCCUUGUCAGCACCUUUAGAAAUGUGUAGAUAACAAUAAGGAGAUUAUACAUACUGAUGUUAGGAUGUCAAGGGUUAAUCUUCACCAUAGAUGAGCAAAGGUUUCAGUGUGUCUUGCCUGUCUACCUGAACAGUCAUCUAAUCUAGUAUAAUGACUGGUUUUUGGUUUACAGGUUUGAUCAAACAGUUUUUACGCGAUGUUGACUGGGGUGAUGUAGACUUCCUAGUGGUGGACACCCCUCCUGGCACCUCUGAUGAGCACCUGUCAAUUGUCCAGUAUUUGAGUAACACACAUGUUGAUGGAGCUAUUAUCAUAACCACUCCUCAGGUGAGAGAUGAAAUCAGUUAACAUUUCUUGACACUGGAAUAAUUUUGAAGACAACUUAAUUAAUUACUCAAUAACUUUGUAAGGUGGCUUUCGUCAACAUUUUAACCAAGUUGUUAAGUAUAAUGACUCAACUGUAAAAGUGAAUUAUUUCAAACUUGACACUCCAGUUAUAGAUCAGUGAAAAGAAAGUACAAUUUAAUGUAUUUCUGAUUGUGCCUCUUGAUAGUUGUCAGAUGGUGACAUUGUAGUGAAGGCAAUGGAAUUCCUGGGUGUGGUUUAUCUUCUAAUAUCUUUCUUUUUCAGGAAGUCUCGUUGCUUGAUGUACGUAAGGAAAUUAAUUUUUGUAAAAAAGUGAAAAUGCCUGUGAUUGGAGUGGUGGAAAAUAUGAGUGGAUUUAUUUGUCCCAAUUGCAAGGUAUUUGUGUGUAAAAUUUUUUUACACAGUUAACAAUUGAUAAUCUUAUCUUGUAGUUUGAUACUAUGCAGUGACUUACUGCAGCAAAUUUGGAAAGCUGCCCCUUCCAAAUAUAAAUGAGAAUUGAUUUUAAAACAUCUUGCAAGUCAAAGGGUUAGUCAGUUGAAAAGGAACCAAUAGAGGAAACGCUGAAAAAGAAAAUUCAUAAAUGACAAUUGGAAUCUUAGUUUUCAUGACAAUCAAGUCUAGAAGAUUGAUUUCUUUUUGUAGACCUCGCAAUGAGGAAAAAAGGACCACAAAUAUGUGUGUGUAUCAGUGAUCUGAUUGGAAAGGCCAAAAUGUAGUAGGAAACUUGCGGGUUCAUCUGAAGUUGCUGUCAUGCUUGUUUUGAGAGGCAAAUCUGGUAGACUUGAGACAUUAAGAGUUCGUCGUAUUUGAAAUGCUUUGUUUUCGUCUUUGAUGCAGAAAGAGUCGCAGAUCUUCCCACCUACCACAGGAGGGGCACAGAAAAUGGCGGCUGAUAUGGAAGUACCCUUUCUUGGCAAAGUACCGCUGGAUCCCAGGAUUGGUCGCUGUUGUGACGAAGGAAAAUCAUUUCUAUCCGAAGUACCAGAAUCACCAGCUGCUAACGCUUACAAGCAGAUCAUUCAAAGUACGUUCAAUAAUUACUUUGCUUUCUCUUUGCGUAGUGAUUUACUACUGACAUAUACUAAUGCACAAUUUCGUGAUUUCAUGCUUUUUUGUGUGAUUCUCACGUUGCUACAUAUCUCCUUUUAG